GGCGGCGCGUGCGCAGUGCGGCGGCCGAGUCAGUGUGUAUGUGAGACUCUGACGGGUUCAAAAUGGCGGCGGCGGCUCCUGUAAGAGGACAAAGGCGCAGGAGAGACCUGGAGGAAGAGGAGGAAGACAGCAGCCCUGGAGUGUCCUUCUCACUCUCUUCAGAGGAGUCAGAGAUGGAACCUGAGGAAGAACGGAUCCGUUACAGCCAAAGACUGCGUGGCACGAUGAGGCGGCGUUACGAGGAUGAUGGCAUCUCUGAUGAUGAGAUUGAAGGCAAGAGGACAUUUGACCUCGAGGAGAAGCUGUCCACCAACAAGUUUAACUCCACCUUCGUGGUCUUCAUGGAAGGCAAAGACUUCACAGUUGAAUACAUCCAGAGGGGUGGCCUGAGGGACCCUCUCAUCUUCAGGAGCUCCGAUGGCUUGGGGAUAAAGAUGCCAGACCCGGACUUCAGCGUGAAUGAUGUGCGGCUGUGCGUUGGGAGCCGGCGGAUGGUGGAUGUCAUGGAUGUGAACACACAGAGGGACAUUGAGAUGUCCAUGGCACAGUGGGCACGUUACUACGAAACACCAGAGGCUGAAAGGGAGAAACUUUACAACGUCAUCAGCCUGGAGUUCAGCCACACCAAACUGGAGAACCUGGUGCAGAGACCUGCUACGGUGGAUUUGAUUGACUGGGUUGAUAACAUGUGGCCCAGGCACCUGAAGGAGAGUCAGACAGAGUCUACAAACGCCAUCCUGGAGAUGCAGUAUCCAAAGGUGCAGAAAUACUGUCUGAUGAGUGUCAAGGGCUGCUACACAGACUUCCACGUGGACUUUGGUGGCACUUCUGUGUGGUACCACAUCCACCGAGGGGGAAAGAUCUUCUGGCUGAUCCCUCCUACACCCCAGAACCUGGAGCUCUACGAAAACUGGCUUCUCUCAGGGAAGCAGGGAGACAUUUUCCUUGGGGACAGAGUGUCAGAGUGCCAGCGCAUCGAGCUCAAGCAGGGCUACACGUUUGUCAUCCCCUCAGGUUGGAUCCAUGCUGUGUACACUCCAAUGGACACACUGGUUUUUGGAGGCAACUUCUUACACAGCUUCAACAUCCCUAUGCAGCUCCGGAUCUACAGCAUCGAAGACCGGACACGGGUCCCAAAUAAGUUUCGUUAUCCCUUCUAUUAUGAGAUGUGUUGGUACGUGCUGGAGCGCUAUGUCUACUGCAUCACCAGCCGCUCACAUCUCACCAAGGACUUCCAGAAGGAGUCACUCAGUAUGGAAACACGUCCUCUGGCCACUGUGCUCUUCUCUCACUCUUGCUCCAUCAUGGCAGAUAUGGAGCUGAGCUCCUCGGACUCGGUAAACAUGGAAGAGGAAGAGGAGGAGGAAGAGGAUGAGGAUGCAGCAGGGAAGGAACCCAGGCGACCGGUCACAAGGAGGUCCAUUCUCACCAGCCCCAUUGCCAACGGUGCCAAUGUGGACUAUGAUGAACUGGGCAAGAGCUGCCGGAGCAGCCUGCCAGGUCUGAAGAAGACCCCUUCUAUAGACUCUUCCGACUCCAGCCGGGGCUCCCAGAACGGCCAGGCCUGUGAUCCCAAUGGAGGCAGCCCACGCAAGAGCAGGAAGGUGCAUCUGACCCAGUUUGAGCUGGAGGGGCUGCGCUGCCUCGUGGACAAGCUGGAAUCACUCCCCCUGCACAAGAAGUGUGUUCCCACCGGCAUUGAGGAUGAGGAUGCUCUCAUCGCUGACGUCAAGCUGCUGCUAGAAGAGUACGCGAACAGCGACCCCAAACUGGCACUUACAGGCAUCCCCAUCGUCCAGUGGCCCAAGAGAGAUAAGCUAAAGCUCCAGGCCCGGCUGAGGGUGCGCCUGCCCACCAUCCCCAUCACCAAGCCACACACCAUGAAGCCAACCCCUCGCCCGACACCCGUCAGGUCCACGGUGUCUCCCAUCGUGUCCGGCGCCCGGCGGAGGCGGGUGCGGUGCCGAAAGUGCAAGGCCUGCAUGCAGGGCGAGUGUGGCAUGUGCCACUACUGCAGGGACAUGAAGAAGUUUGGUGGCCCCGGCCGCAUGAAGCAGUCCUGUGUCCUCCGGCAAUGCUUGGCGCCCAGGCUGCCUCACUCGGUCACGUGUGCACUUUGUGGGGAGGUGGAUCAGAACGAGGACUCGCAGGACUUUGAGAAGAAGCUCAUGGAAUGCUGCAUCUGCAAUGAGAUUGUUCACCCUGGCUGCCUGCAGAUGGAUGGGGAAGGGCUGCUCAACGAUGAGCUCCCCAACUGCUGGGAGUGCCCCAAGUGCUACCAGGGUGACGACGCAGAGAAGGGACAGAAGCGGAAGGUGGAGGAGAGCGACGACGACACGGCGCAAGCCAAGGUGCUGCGGCCCCUGCGGAGCUGCGAGGAGCCCCUGACCCCCCCUCCCAACUCUCCCACCCCAAUGCUGCAGCUGAUCCACGACCCAGCAUCACCUCGAGGCAUGGUGACCCGCUCGUCCCCAGGAGCCGGCCCCAGCGACCACCACAGCGCCAGCAGAGACGAGCGCUUCAAGCGGCGGCAACUGCUGCGGCUCCAGGCCACCGAGAGAACCAUGGUGAGGGAGAAGGAGAACAACCCCAGCGGCAAGAAGGAGCUGUCGGAGGUGGAGAAGGCCAAGCUACACGGCUCCUACCUCACCGUGACGCUCCAACGCCCCACCAAAGACGUCCACGGCACUUCUAUCGUCCCCAAGCUGCAAGCCAUCACGGCUUCCUCCACCAACCUGCAGCACUCGCCACGCGUGGUCAUGCGUCACGCACCCACCAGGAUGCCCCUGCGGGGCGGGGGUGAGGAGGAAGCGGCCGCCGAGGAGGAUGAGGAGGAAGAGGAAGAGGAGGACGAGAACGCGGAGGAAGGGGGGGCGGCCCGGCUCAAUGGCCGAGGGGGCCGGGCGCAGGAGGGCGACGAGAGCUGCAUGCAGCGCGAGGUGUGGAUGUCAGUGUUCCGCUACCUCACCCGCAGGGAGCUCUGCGAGUGCAUGCGGGUGUGCAAGACCUGGUACAAGUGGUGCUGUGACAAGAGAUUGUGGACAAAGAUCGAUUUGAGCCGGUGCAAGUCCAUCACCCCGCAGGCGCUGAGCGGCAUCAUCAAACGACAGCCCGUCAGCCUCGACCUCAGCUGGACCAAUAUCUCCAAAAAACAGCUCACGUGGCUCGUCAACAGGCUUCCAGGCCUGAAAGACCUCAUCUUAGCGGGCUGUUCCUGGUCUGCGGUCUGUGCUCUCAGUACCUCCAGCUGCCCCCUUCUCAGGACCCUCGAUCUUCGGUGGGCAGUAGGAAUCAAGGACCCUCAGAUCCGGGAUCUACUCACGCCUCCAACAGACAAACCCAGUCAGGACAAUCGCAGCAAGCUCCGGAACAUGAUUGAUUUCCGGCUCGCCGGGCUGGACAUCACGGACGCCACGCUGCGGCUGAUCAUCCGCCACAUGCCCCUGCUCUCCCGCCUCGACCUCAGCCACUGCAACCACCUUACGGACCAGUCGGCCAAUCUCCUCACGGCCAUGGGCUCUUCCACACGCAACUCCCUCACCGAGCUCAACAUGGCAGGCUGCAAUAAGCUGACGGACCAGGCCUUGCUCUACCUGCGCCGCAUCUCCAACGUCACCCUCAUUGACCUGCGAGGUUGCAAACAGAUCACCCGCAAAGCCUGUGAGCACUUCAUCUCGGACCUGUCCAUCAACAGCCUCUACUGCCUGUCCGAUGAGAAGCUGAUCCAAAAAAUCAGCUAGAGACCCUCCCCGGGGCAGACUGAGGAGAAGGAAAAAGAGCCCAUCCCACCCCUUUCGGAGAGCCGCUCCUCCACAUCCCCAUCCUUGCCCUCCGUGUCCUGCCGCUGCUUCCCACCGGACUCGGCAGGCAGGGCCGCUGCUGGCCUCGCUCCAUCGUCCUUCCUCCUCCUCCUCCCCCGGGACUUCUGCCGAUGAAGAUGUCCCGCCAAGGCUGGCCAGUACCAGAGGAGGAACGGGCACAUGGCAGGGAGCCUCAGCCCGGAGGCUGGCCGCUCCCAAGGUGGAGGUUGUAACAGAGAUCUCUGUGCAGAGAAAUGGGGCACCCUCUUCCCCCCCCUACCCCCCCAGCUUUUCCCCUUCUCCCCGUCGUCUCCUUGCCUUGAAACACUUUGUCACUUCCCCGUUAGCACAAAGCUUGAGGGUCAAGGUCUCUCCGAGGAAGCGGGAGCAGAGCUGGAAUGAAACGUCCCCCUCCGUGCCACCACCAGCUCAUCGCUUGCCCCUGCGCUCUCAGCCCCAUCGCGGGUCCCUUCGUCCGGCUGCAGGGGCUGGGAUCCAACCUCCUCCUUCUCCCACCGUUCUCCUGCAUCCCGGUGGCUCUGAAAGCGAGGACAGGAGCCCCACAGCACCGGCCAGGAGCAAGGGGGGGCACUUUGCAUCCUGCUCUUCCCACUGCCCGGGGAGGCGAGGCUGGGGGACAACGCGCUUCCACUCCGGGCCAGCGCCAGCCUUCCCGGAGCACCGUCUGUCCCCACCGCAGCCCAGCACCGAGGUGAUGGCCGGGGCCGGAGCAGGGGCCACCCCACAGGUACACCAGAGCUCAGGGAGGACUCGGGAAGCAUCAGCCAGGGGUGAGUGAGCACAUGAACGAGGGGAGGACAAAGAGCUGCCUCCUCUUCCUCGCCACCUCCUCUACACGUGGCCCGGCAUCAUGAAGCACUCUAGGGGCCACCAUGGCCAUGGUUGGAAGGGUGGGGGGGGGGGGUGAAGGCUGCUCUGUCUUAACCCAGGGCGCUGUGGCCUGGGACCGAACUGGCACGAAUGUCCCCGCUGCAUUGUCCUCUCUCCUUUCCCCCCCCCUCCAACCCCACUUUUAGCUGCCGUUUUUCCUUUGCAAUGAAUGGUCGGUCCAAAGAACGUCUCUCUCGGGCAGCAGAGAGCUUUUUGCACUUUAAAAAAAAAAAAACAAAAAAAACAAACAAAAACAAGCAAAUGACGACAAAAAAAAUGACAAAAAAAGACACACACGAAAAAGAGAAAAAAGAAAAAAAAAAAAAGGUUGGAAUCUUCUUCUUUUUUUUUUUUUGGGGGGGGGGGGUGUGACUAUUUUAUUUCCCUCCCUGUGACCGGACGCUCCCCAUCUCUCUCCUGGUGUCAGGACCCUGCUGGCCCCAAGCCUGGCCCCAUAGCACAACCUGGCCACCCCCCCGAUAACCCCCCCCACAGCCCUGGAGACGAUGACGGCCAACAAGGGGGGGGGGUCCCCACUGCUUCAGAAGCAAUAAGGGAGGAAGGAGAUGCCUCCAUCCAUCCUCCGCUUCCCGGCUGCUGGAUAAGGGGGAUGGAUGCACGGAUGGACGAGAGGGUUGUGCCGCGGGGGAAGCCGGAGGGCUCGGAGCAGCCACCACGGCUCCGGGUGUGAGGAAGAGCGGAGGCCACCCUGCCUUAGCCUGCCUUGGAAGGGAAGGACAUCGGGAAUCUCACAAGCUUUUCUUUUUCCUUUUGGAUUGAGGUUUUUUUGGGGUUUUUUGUUGGGUUUCUUUGAGUUCUUUUGCAACGAGAAAGAAAGAAUUCCAGGCCGAGAUCGAGCUCUGCCGGAGCCGGGUGGGCGCAGGGACAUCCUCCACCAUGGCCAUGGUUGGGGUUGGAUGGAGGGUCCGUAUCCCCUUCAUCAUCCUCCUCCCGUGUGGCUGCAGAGAGACUCCGGUGCGUGACCCUCAUCCCCCUUCCACUCCUUGGGCAAAAGGGGGGAGGAAAAUCCAUAA